GCCAGCGGCUGUCCUCGCCCUGCCUCCUGCCUCCUGACCUGUCACAGGACAACAUCCUUCCCUACAGAGUACUCUAGCAUUUACGAUUCAACUGACAGCAGUCUCAUCCACGCUGCGGGGGGACACGAGUCGUCGGACAGCGGUUCAGUGUCAGUAUCACACUGAGAUGCCAAGAAAGGCGCGCUUUACCUACACAGCUCGUCGUGGCUUUUUCAGUGAUUUUUGAGAAGCACCACUGUGGUACUCCUGUUCAUCAACGUUAGCCGGCUGGCGAGGUGUGAAAAGUCAGUGUCAUGACUGGAGCUGAAACUGAGGAUGAUAUUCCAUUGGGCGAAAGGAAGACUGUCACAGAUUUCUGCUAUCUUCUGGACAAGUCCAAGCAACUCUUCAAUGGGCUAAGAGACCUUCCUCAGUAUGGACACAAGCAGUGGCAGUCCUACUUUGGACGGACUUUUGAUGUCUACACGAAGCUGUGGAAAUUUCAGCAGCAGCACAGGCAGGUUCUGGACAGUCGGUAUGGCUUGAAGAGAUGGCAGAUUGGGGAAGUUGCAUCCAAAAUUGGACAGCUUUACUACCACUACUACCUUCGUACCUCAGAAACAAGUUACCUGAAUGAGGCCUUUUCAUUCUACUCAGCCAUCCGCCAGCGCUCCUACUACUUCCAGGUCAACAAAGAGGACAGGCCAGAACUGGUGGUAAAGAAGCUUCGAUAUUAUGCUCGCUAUAUCGUUGUCUGUUUACUGCUGAACAAGAUGGACCUAGUCAAAGUUUUGGUGAAGGAGCUUUCUGAGGAGAUUGAAGAUUACACACAGCGGUUUAACACAGAGGACCAACUUGAAUGGAACCUGGUUCUACAGGAAGUGGCAGCUUUUGUUGAGGCAGAUCCAGUUGUAGUUCUGAAUGACAACAAUUCUGUAAUCGUCACCAGCAAUCGGCUGCAGGAGGGAAGUGUGCCUCCACUGGAACAAGGCAUGGUGGUUGGGCAGCUCAUCCUUGCAGAUGCACUAAUCAUCGGCAACUGUAACAACCAGGUGAAGUUCAGUGAGUUAACCAUCGAUAUGUUCCGCAUGCUUCAAGCUUUGGAGAGGGAACCUGUAAACUUGGCCACACAGACCUCCAAACAAGGAACGCUGGAACCCAAUGAGAAGCCAGCUAAAAGAGAAAACCCUCACAAGUAUUUGCUGUACAAGCCAACAUUCAGCCAACUUUUUACUUUCCUGUCUGCAUCUUUUAAGGAACUGCCUGCCAACAGCGUUCUGCUUGUCUACCUGUCAGCUACUGGAGUCUUCCCUACUGGCCAUUCAGAUUAUGAAGGACCAUACGAUUUUGGAGGAGUGCUCACAAAUACAAACCGCGAUGUGGUGAACGGAGAGACGGUGCAGAAGAGGAAUCAGGCUCAGAAAGAAAUGCACUGCCUUCAUCCAGGAGAUUUAUUCCCUUUCACCCGGAAGCCACUUUUUGUCAUUGUGGAUUCUUCAAACAGCACAGCCUACAAGCAUUUCACAAAUCUGUUUGGCCAGCCUCUGGUGUGCUUACUAUCACCUACAGUAUAUCCCAAGAGUGUGCAAGAUCAGUCUCAGCGUGGGAGUCUCUUCACUUUGUUCCUCUACAGCCCACUCCUGGCUUUCUCCUCUGUUUGUGGCUUAAACAGCGUGCAGCGAGGCCUGUGGGAAAGGGCUCAAGAAUUUCUUCGUAAGGUCUACCGAGACAUCGGGCAGCUGAUAACUCGAUCACGGACCAUAGAUCAAGCCUUUUUGCAAUUCUUUGGUGACGAGUUCCUUCGGCUGCUGCUGAUCCGCUUUGUGUUCUGCUCAGCUGCACUGAGAUUGCAUAAACUCUUCCGGGAGUCCCAGAGCUUCCCAGAGUCGUACCCUGAGCUCCCUAAACAGGACACAGUUGAGAGUAGCCUUCUACAGAAGCAUAUUUUGGAGCUGGCGACCAUGCUGGACGUGCAGAGCCUAUUUUGGGAUGAUCCACUGGAAGCCUACUAACAUCUCCACACAGGGCAAAAUGGCAUACGUGUACAUACAGACUCAACUGCCAGAGCCCUCACCGUUGUCUCUCUGUUUUUGUUUUUUGUUCUUGUUUUUUACAGGUAAAGAAAAAAACUGAUUCUGCACAUACACAUUCAUGUCCUGCAUUUAACUGUUACCUGUGGAAGCAAAUGUAGUGCAACAUUAAAUUGUUCACAUAGAUAAGUCAGAGAGUUUAAUAUAGUAUCAAUUCCCCAUUUUGAGUGUCAGCGGGUUGCCUCAUAAAUAUAAGUAUCACGUAAGACAUAAGAGUAAACAAACAAGUGAGACGCCGCAGAUAACAUUUUUACUCACCAGUCCCCAUCCAAAUGCAACAGCUGCAGCCCCAAACUGUAUUCUUCAUAUCAGAUAUUUGUCGUCAGUCUUGGUUUUGUGUUUUUUUUAAUGAUAUUUAUCAUUGUUUAUUAGAGUGCAGGUUGUGUGAGCCUUAAGGAUAGAGAAUGGAGAAAUCCUGGGCAGCUUCCAGGUGUGACCUUAUCUAUCUAUCAAAGCAGGGUGGUGAACACAGAGAGAGAGAACACAGUGCUAAGCAUCAAUAAAUAUUCAAAACAAACAUAAUGUUAGCACAUAAUUCGCACACUGGGUUGGAAUUUGAAAGAGUUCACCAAAAGUGUUAUAAAUGGUAUUGCCAAACAGUGCUUGCAGUUUAACAGCUCAAGUUGUAGCAGGCUGAGGUGCAUGAGGUCAUGUUCGUUUAUAGGUCUUAUUAGUUGUAAAGAUAUCACACUACUUUGUGGCAUUAACCAGCAAUCCAUCCAGUACCUUUAAUCGACCAUUGUUUUGGCUUUGUGCGUUUAUGAAAGUGGCCGUUAUUGCUUUUCCAUAUCACUGUGCUGUGUUUGCAUGCAAAAAGGCAAAGAAUUGUACCCAUUAUGCUGUUUUAUUCACGGAGAACGGCCACCAGCUUCAAGGCUUUAAAAAGGGUUGUAGAAUUUAAAAUGGCAUGGGGUUGGGAAGUAAAUGGAGCCUGUGCAUGUUUUACAGGGGCCUGCACAUUUGUAGCUGUGUCAACAAAAGACAAUCUAGUUUGUUAAUAGAAGAGAUGAAGGAAGCUAGCGUGAUAUGCACACCAACGUUUUUUCACUAACAGCAUGCUCCAGUCCAUUUAUUACUUAAGACCUAGACACACCAAACCCACCGCAGCAAUUAAAGCUGACUGUUCUGUCGCCUCACGUCACCUGUGUCUUGGCCUACAAGGCUGCUGCCAACGUUAAAACAGCACUUACGUUCUGCACCUGUGUGAGAGAACAUAACUCUCCACAACAGCAGACAGCCGUAGUCUGUAAUCAUCGUUUAAAAAGGGAAAUUGGAAAUUGUUAUUUUUUGGAGGGAGGUUACCUUACAUAGAUAGGAAAGCCUAGCUUGUAAUGGGAGGAGAGAGAAGGGAUGAUACGCAGCAAAGGGCCAGAGAUGGAAUUGAACUUGCAGCAAACGUCAAGGACACAGCCCCCACAUAUGGGGUGCCCGCUCCAUCAGGUGAACUCAUGGGCACUCCAUCAGAAGACCGGCUUGACACUAGUUAACCAGUUAAGCGCAUCAACAACUAGGCCCCCCAUGUGCAGGGGCUGUGUCCUUAUUCCAAUUUAAGAUGCUAAAUCAGCUGAAAAUCACUUCCACACUGUCGGCCUUUGUCAGUGUUGUUUCAGCUGACUGAACAUGUUGAAUCUGUGUCGGCACAGUGGAGCCCAUAGGUGAAUGUACUCAUUCUUGUUGGCAGUUGAGCUCAACGCAUGAGAAAAGAAACAGAGGUGAGGAAAGUAAACAAAGAGCUAAAGUCGAGAGGGAGUUAGACCAAAUCAAACUUGUUCCGAAAUUUAGCCAAUGAGCUCUUAAGCAGAAACGUUUCCUGAUGGCUUGUGUUGUUGUUCACUAAUGAACGGUGCUCAAUUCUUUCAACACUGGAUUGUGUUGUUAAUGUGCUAACGGCAGGGUUCCCACAGUCAUGAAAUUCCGGGAAAAGUUGUUUGUCAACUGUUUGUUUGUUGUGGUUUAGAAUUAACAGAACAUUUGGGAAGGUUUGGAAUAUACAUUGCUCUGGCUGUCGUUUAAAAUAUGUAUAUAAAAAUCCUAAAACAUGACUAACACUACACAAAAUGAGUUACUUGUUUAUUAAUGUAAAAUCUAGUGUUGUGUUGUGUGACUGCUGAAACGUCACUAAUAGCACGAUAAACAUAGACCAUGAUCAUUACCAAGGCCGCACCCCCUUUUGGAGUAUAGAAUCCCACACAUCAGGAGAGACACAGGAAAAUGCAAAAAAAACUGUUGCAUAGCAGGUUAACCAAGGCUUUCACAAUGAGAUUUUAGGCACAUAAAAUCUGUGAAUAUUCACUGUCAGUGUGGUAAUUAGCUUAAUGAUGUUGGUGACAGUAUACUGAAAGAUGGCUAAUAUUAGUUUGAGUAGGAAACCAUUUUUUAACAAGAAAAAAAUGCAUACGAACUUGUCAAAAUUUCAUUAAAACACGUCAAAUUCCAGUGACAUCCACAGGACCCUCAGUUCUCUAUGCCCCAAAAAGAGGUGCGUCCUUCAGUUUUGGUGAGUUGCCUGUAUGGGCCAAAAUCAUGAACAUGGCGUAAAAUAUUUUUCAAAAGUUAUGGAAAAGUUUUAAAUAUAAACUGGUAAAAAUUUGUGGGAACCCUGUAACUGGCUAACUAGAGUCAAGACGGUCUUCCGGUUUCCCUCUUUGAAUGAUGAACUAACGCCAUCUUCCUGUGUGGAGUUAUUUCCUCUGAUGCAGAACAUACGUGCUGGUUGGCCAUCGGCUGUGGUCUUUGCAGUGUGUUCAUGUGCAACUUUUUGUCUGAGGCACAGGCAACAUGAGGAGACGCAGCAGGAGGCUUUUGGUGCCAAUAGUUCUCUGAAGUUGGUUUAGUAUGUCUGGGCCUUAAAUGACACCAAACCUGUCUAAGUGCUGACAGUAUUAUCAUGUUACCUGCCAGUUGCUUGAAUAGAAUAAUAUUUUUACCACCAGUCAUCUUUCUCCUGCAGUCAGUUUUCUUUCCUGCCAGAUGGGUUUUGUUUUUACCAUUAAUCCACUGCUUGAAGGGUACAGAAGCUGCCAUCUUUGUCAGUUACUGACACCAUAAAAAAAUCAAAUUCAGUAACGAGAGAGGAAGCUAAUACAACCCAGGACCUUUAUCAUCAUUCAUCCCUCUGUCUCCCAGUCAUUUUAGUCUCCACUUUCAACUCUAAAAAUUUCCUAGAACUCACAAAUGUAAUAAGAAUCAUUCUGCAGUGAGUCCAAGAAGUAUCAGACUCUAGAACGCUUGAGCUUAGCUUUUAAAAUAGCAUGCGGGCUACGCCAGCCAGCACUUCCAGAGGCAUUGUCAUUGUGUUUUCAAACACUUCAUGUAAUGUUGGUUUGAGUUUUGUUAUGCAGUAUAAAGUAGCAUUUCAGUGGACAUCAGUAGUCCUCUGCCAGACUGGUGCCAGAAAUAAAUCCCCCAUGAUGUCUCACAGUACCGACAUUUCUUUCCACACUCAUCACAGCUGAUUGCAGAAUUAAGAGAUGUGGUUGGUGGAGAGAAGAUGUACUUGUUGAUGGAAUUUCCACAAUCAACAGAUAAUUUCUUAAUUUGAGACUAAAUCAGUGGUUUGCAAAUAACAUUCAAACAAUUUAUUGAUUUUAUAUUUUAGCCAGUUUCAUGUUGCUGGAUUGAUCAGAGGGUAUGUGGGUUUCUGAGUAGUUAUCAGUAAAAGGCACUGCUGUAAUCUUCAUUUUUGUACCACUAGCAGAGAUGCCCACAUGGCAGUGUCUGUUAGCAUGUUUCCGUGCAAUACUUUGACCUUUAGAAUGAUAUUUCAAAUACCCUCUGAAAUGCUAGAAAAUCACUGAUUUGCUGAAAACUAUAUUUUUAAAAGAUUUUGAUACCUGCUCAGACAUUUGGUCAACAUGAGGACUCUCCAAAACUGACCAGAUUUCCACACUUUCCUGUGCCUGUCCAUGGUCCCCAAAUAAUGAAUACAAAUUUUGACAAAAUUUGCCCGUUGACCUUUAGUGCCAUAUCUAGACAAAGAUGUUAGUUUGCAUGCAAGAUAUUUCAUAAUCUAACAGACUGGCAAUUCCUCAGAUACUGAAUACUGAGAUACUUAAUUGGUGACACUAAUCUUGGGUGCCCAUCUUCAAACUGUGCUGAUUGUAUAGAUCCUCUGUGCUGUUGAGGAGAUAAUGGGUGUGAAGCAUCCAUGUUUUUACAGUCAUGGAUAUAAACUGUAAGAGAAACUUGACUGGUGCGGUGCGCGGAGGUAUACAACUGCAGGGCAGUAAUACUAGAUUUUUAUCUGUAUUAUUAUAAGACCAAAGACAAAAAUCAACAGUGCAUUAGUCCAUCUGUCGGUACUUCUCCCUAAACUACCUGUCCGUCAAGCCCAUUGGCUCCUACUAAAGAGUAGAGUUGGGUCGAUUUCCGGUUUUGGUAACAUUUUUGAUUUGAAGCUGACAAAAGAGGCAUCGUAACUGGCCAUGAGUGUCAUGUUGCACUGUUUGGACUUGAACUUUUAUUGUAUGCCCUGUUUCUAUUUAUCCCUGUUAAUCGCUUUGAAAGCUCUGCAAUGGACGAGGAAUAGAGGCUUCAUGUUAAAAUGAAACAUUAUCUAAUGAUACCUUCUCAUUUCACUACAAAACCUAAAUAAAGUGACAGACUGCAGGGAGCUAAAAAAAUUUUUGGUAAUGACCAUUACUAAUAACAGCUUAUUUGCUGUUGGUGUAAUUGUAGUCAAUUUCAGUAAUUAUCACAGUAUAAACCAUGUUAAAAAGUACAAAGGUAGGAGAAAUAGACCAUCCAUCAUUUACAUUUUAUUAAGGCCCAAAGUUACGCAUAUUUAGGGGCGGGGCCACUUGAGUGACAGGCUGUCCGUGAGGUAUUGCCACAGUCGUGGUAACAUUACAAAGACUGUGUGAGUAACAUUACAAGUAAAUGUUCCACCUUAACUGUUGCCAUCAGUCUGCCCAGUGAAUUAAGUUAUUUAAUUUCUCAGACUACAGCUGCUGCGAGAGGCAGCAAAACAUCCUGUUAUUUUGUAGUUCAUUAAUAUGUGUUAAACUUGCCACAGUAUGAACAGUGGGUACAUAAGCCUCAAAAACAGCCACAACUCAGCCCUGAGCAAGGGCAACCAUCCACUAGUGACCAAUCAACGGACUGCAGUGUUUUUAGUUCCACCUUUUAGUGCCAGAUCUGUGUGCUAGGUACCCUACCCUUUAAAAAUUGUUCGUUUGUUUUUUUAUAGCCCCAUUUCUAAAAAGGGUCUUAGAAAAGCUAAAAGCUAAGUACGUAGUUUCUUUUCUCCAGGACUACUGUAGCUCCUGUGCUUCAGGCCUCAAAUUUCUAUUUGGACACUUUCAUAUGUUUUAAAAUAUGCUCCACAUCAAAACAUCAACCAAAUAAAAAGUUUAAGUGUUUGUUAUUGGGGAUUUACUUCUGACACCAGCAGGGGGUGAUUGCAGACUGCUGUAGUGAUGCUGAUACUGAAACCAGCUGACAGUUAACUGCCCUUAAAAAAACGUAUAAAUGAUGCAGUGAUGCAGGAAGUAGCCAAGCCAGCUGGUUGGGGGUUGAGAUUUUUGAAUUGACAGAAAUGAUAAGAGGAACACUAUUUUUUAGUGUUAAUUAUAUUUAUUGACAUUGUUAGAGUAUGUGUACAGAUAAUGUAAGCAAUGUUUUGGCACAGAUGUGUUUGUUCAGUAUUUAGUAAGUCUAUAAAAUGUGUAAUGAAAUAUGAAAUUGAAGUUGAGGAGGAGUGAAAUGUUAAUGAGGCCAGUUUGUUCUUUGGCCAUUUUUCUAAACAUGUUACAUUCCAACUUUCCGAGGACUUGAAGAGAGGCAGAGGGAAACUACCGCUGUUUUCUCCAUUUUACAUUAGUCUGGGAAAGUGAGCCGUUUCUACGUUUUCUUCUCUUUUCACUGUAAUAUCAACCUCCACAUUCCCUUGUGUUGACAUUUAUGAUGUUUAAGAUAUUAUGGGCUCGCACUUUAUGAACUUAAAUAUUGUUAUGAUCUUGUUUGUUGUGCUUUAGGGGGGGGAAAAAAAGAAAAUCCUUCCAUGUGAUUGUUCUUCAUGCCAGCCCUUCACACUGGUGACCUUUUUUUACAAAGAGUAAAAGUUGUGUGAGUCAGUGAUUUUAAACAUUUUCCUGUCGGGACUUUUCAUCUGCCGUCACUUUUUUAACAGCCUCUGCCUGAAAUGUGUCGAAUAUGUUGACUGAUUUCCAAAACAUGUUGAAUAGGCUGCAAUAACAUGUUCAUUUACAUGUGUGGCGGAAUUAGAAAUCCUUGCGCUUUGUAGCCAGUGGUGCUCUAAAACAGUGCUGUUGAUGGAGACUGCUGCAUCAAUCAUGAUUUUUUACUUUACAAAGAAAUUACAGUAAAAACAUGCUUGGACAUCAUCUAUCAGGACAGAAGAAGUAAUCAUUUAAACUGUCAAAUAUUGCAAGUUGACAAGUUUGUAAUCUCAAAAACUCAUGUUAAUAUGUUUCUAACAUCUUAUUGUAUAGUGUGUUCCCUGAACUCAGAAUCCAUGAAAAUAUCAAAUAUGUGGCCAAAUGGCCCAAAAAAGCAUUACUGAAUGGAAAAUAACCCCAGACAGUGAAGUGACACUGGACUCUGCUCACAUUUAUCACUAUUAAAGAAUCAAAUAACUAAA